GAAGACAGACUGCGAGGCCCCCAUCUUGCGUCACGAUCCACGAUCGGUCAGGCAGGGGUUGCCAUCUUGUCGUGCACAUGCAGGGCGGACUAGGACAAGUCAUGAUCACCACAAAGACAGCCCUCAGCCUCGCGGCUGGCGUCUGUGGCACGUUAUUUCUGGGGUACUGCAUCUACUUCGAUCACAAGAGACGAAAUGACCCCGGCUUCAAACAGAAGUUGCGAGAAAGGAGAAAAAGGCAAAAAGAGACCAAGAAAACACAGACCACGACAAAGAUCCCAGACCUGAAGGACACAGAGGCUGUGCAGAAGUUCUUCCUGGAGGAGGUCCAGCUGGGAGAGGAGCUGUUGGCACAGGGUGACUUUGAGAAUGGUGUCGAACACCUGACCAAUGCUGUGGCCGUAUGUGGGCAGCCGCAGCAGCUGCUGCAGGUGCUUCAGCAGACGCUGCCUCCACAGGUGUUCCAGAUGCUCAUCGCCAAGCUACCAAGUGUCAGUCAGAAAUUUGCAUCAGCAAUGGCAACAACAACCAUGGAUGAUGAACUGGAGUAAAUUUUCAGGCCAAAAGAUGUUUGUAUUGAGUAAUUCUAGUGAUGUUACUUGUGCCUGUAGAUAUAAAUGGCUUACAUUUUUCAAAUAUAGUUCUGAGAUCUCUCUUCCAUGUUCUAGGCUAUAUACUGUAGUUUGUUCUGCUACAGAGUUAACUCCUUCUGUACAUGCUAUAUCCUAAACAUGUAACAGCUAGGUUUUGUACAUUAUGAACAAAAUCCAAGUCAAGUUUGUGGCUAUUCCUAACCCCUGUAAGGUACAUAUAGUAUUUGAAUCUGGCAUAUAUCUCAACUAAGUAUACAACAUCUACCUGUGGUUUUAUCAAGUUACUGUAGUUCUCGAAUUAAAUGGAGUAUGUACUAUGAAGUUUAAACUUUUAGUUUGCAAUUUUUCGUUGCAGAAAUUGUGUAGGGCACAAGGAUGUGACGUGUCAUAUGUAUGUUUUGAUACGAGAUUUGUUUAGACAGUUGGCAACAUACAACUUAUUACAAAAGGCAGCUUACAGCACAAAUGUGCUGAAAUCCAGUUUUGCUUGUUAUGAAUCCUGCGGUGAACCUGAACUGUGUUGGAUUUACAUUCAUGCUAUUUCUCAAGAACUGUUCAAGAGGCAGGAUUUGUCUGCUUAAACAUCUUCAGCUUUGUGUAAUACAUUAAUUUCCAGGUGAAUCUUUGUUGAUUGUUGUCAGAUCUGUCUCAUAAUAGUGAGCAAUAAAUUCAUUGCAAAUGAAUGAGGUCAGACAUUCGAAGGAGAUUCAGUCUGAUUGAACCUCCUUGGACAAACUGGUUUUGGUGUUGAAGUGUUCACUUAUUUUCUCGUAACCCCAUCUGAUUACAGGUAUUGAAAUAAAACCUGGUGAAACCCAGCAUUAUUUUAACUCAAA